AUGAGGAGGUUCAAGAGAAAGAAGAAGACGAUUGGGAUCAUCCGAGACGAUUCUGAGACAGGAGACGAAUUGAAUAAAAACGAUUACAUUUCAUCUCUUCCUCUCGAUCUCAUCAUAGAGAUUAUCGCGAAACUGCCGCUAAAAUCCAUACCGGAGCUCGUAUUCGUCUCUAAACGCUGGUCAGCUAUCGUACGAGGGAAGGAUCUCACCGACUCUUUCAUCUCCCGUUCUUCGUCUCGGCCAAGCCUUCUGCUCACACUCGGAAACCACUUCAUCCGGGGAUUUCACUGGUGCUCUCAGGAGGAUCCGUCUUGUGGUAAUCGCAGAACGCUCAUCCCUCGAGAUCCGAUGUUCUAUUUUUUCACCCCCGUCCGCGGCUUGAUCUGCGGCGAAGCAAGAUCCGACGAUCUCUGGAUCCUCGAUCUAGCAAGAUACGACUAUGUUUCUCCCGUGGUUUGCAAUCCCAGCACUGGUCAGUUUCUAACUUUGCCCAGAGGCCCAAGACUCAGAACCAACGGAAGAUGCCCCGAUACCCUGACAAGCUUCCUUGGAUACGAUCCGGUGAACGAUGUGUACACAGUCUUGUGCAUGACCACACCGUACGAUUAUGGACAGGUUUUUGUAUCCCAAGAGCAUCAAGUUUUCACUCUAGGACGCAAAACAUGGAGACGCGUCCGGUGCAAACAGCCGCAUUGUCCUGCUACUGACUCUCUAUGUAGAGACGGUGUUAUAUAUUAUGGAGCUUGGUACGACAGUCACGAGGAAAGAUCUCUCUUGAUGAGCUUCGAUCUGCGAUCUCAAGACUUUGGUGUUACUGAGUUACCUCCGGGUGUGAACAUCCUACAUUUUAGACACACUGCGUUGGUCAAGUACCACGAGACAGUAGCCUUAGUGGAUCGCUCACGCACUGGUGAUUUUGACUUGUGGGUUUUAAAGGAUGCCAAGAAACACAAGUGGUCCAAGAUCUCCGUCUUGCUUCCUCUUGUUGAAGGGAAUGACGCAUUCAAGUGUAAGGGUACCAUUAGCACCGGGGAGCUGAUCUUUGCGCCGCCAUGGAAUGCUAUGCCCUACUUUAUCCUCUAUUACGAUCCCAAGGAGAAGAGUGUUAGAAGAGUUGAUAUUAAAGCUAUUAGAACUCUUUUUGGUCCUACCGAGUGCCAUUUGGAUCAUGUUGAGAUUCCAUUGUUCAUAUCAAGGUAA